AUGGUCGUCCUAACAGCAGCAUGCCUACUUUCUCUCGUUGCAUCGAUUCUAAGGAACAUCGUCCCCGAUACACAGAGCGCGAAACUACAAGCUGCCAUGAUAUCCCUCGCUUCUCGAAGAAAUAUAUUUGGAGUACCAAAUUUUAGCUCGUCCUAUCUGCAGGGCCUGCAGGACCCGAAUGCGAUAUGGAAAGUAUGGGGACGUAUCAACUCAGGGAAACGUUUGAUCGCGGCUUUAAUUAUUGUUGAAGCUCAUUCCGCGCAGGCCAUGCAAUUACCUCCUCAAUGUCCGAACACAGUACAGAUUCCCGUACUGUCUUGGGAUGAAAAUUUUAGUACAUACGGCUUCGAGGAGUGGAGUGCCUCAUCUGAGAGUAUCGAGAUGUCCCUCGGCGAUGCGAACGGCAAUAUUAGCCAAUCCGGAUUUGGAUUGCAGGCUACGUUGGCUGGCAUUUGGACUAAAAUCUUGCACAAACGGCACCGGCUUUUAGAAUCUUUUGGGCUCAUGGAUGAUCAUCUACAUCAGCCAUUGUCUAACGACGAUUUAUUUUCGAAAGAUUCACAGGCCAAAUCCAUGGCAAAUAACUUUGUGGCUCUUUACGGUCAAGAUGCAUCUGACUUUACUUCUGACAACACAAAUUUCGCCAUCCUGUGGAACUUCUUGGGCCUACAUUUAUACUGUAACCUCUCCGUAAUUAAAUUAGCAGCCGGUCGUAAUGGGCCAGUUAUGGCGAGAGAGGCAAUGGAUUCUCUUUCCACUUAG